AUGAUGGGCUACGGCUGGGUUCACCAAGAAGGCAGCGUCGUACCCUUUCUAGUCACCGAAUUUGCGCAGUUUGGAACCCUUAGGCAGUAUCUUUGCUCAGAAAAUAUCUCCAUUCGGGCCUGCUUUGACCUUGUUGGUCAAGUUGCUUGUGGUCUGCGCGAAGUCCACGACUCCACAGUUGUCCACGGCGAUUUGAAGCUUGAGAAUAUUCUUGUCUUCAAGAACGCAUCCCCGGAACACGAGAAUCACGUAAUAGCCAAAAUUACUUUCUUACCCCAAAAUGCAUCAAAACUCCCUUCGCGAGUUCAGCAGCAGAUAUAUGUCGAAACAAAACGUUACGCGCUCGAUGGUGAAGGUGAGGUAGCUGCUUCAGCAUAUCUGAAGCUUGCUCUGAUGCAUGCGAAUUGCUUCGGAACAACGUUCGACAUGGAAGCUGCAGAGAAAUAUACCAAGGACAGCAUGAGCUUAGGGUCGACUUCUGCGAAGACAUUGCUGAAACUCCUGCGUAGGAGUGGCUCUUGCGAACGAGAUGUUUCUGUGGAUUUAUUGGAGCGACAAAACGUAUCUUUGGCGCAAGAUCCCACUCCAAAUCUCUGUCGUCUGCCCAUGGAAACGAACAAGCCGCUUGAGGACCGUCUCGAUCAGGCUAAAGAUGGCGUUAUAUCAAGAGCUCAGCUGAAAGAGUUCCGUUGUUUCUCACAUUUCUGUGUGGAAGACGGAGAAGAUGCUGAUGUACUUCCACUCAAUUGUCUUCCUUUCUUCGAUGGCGACGAUGACGAGGUCUCAGAGAGUAUCGUGGAAGGUACACUUUCUGAAAAAGAGGAUACUGAUCUCCGUCUUCCUUUCUGCCCCGUUGGUUCUUCUCUCGGGCUCGCCGUAUCAGUGGCCGCACAGACUGCUGUCAAGCUUCGCCUGCAGUCGGAAUCAGAUCCUUUGGAAAAGCCCCUGCCAGGGCUCACGACAGAAAGUAACCUUGAGGGCCUUUCUUCUUUAGAGCUCGCCAUUGCCUAUCAUCGUACUGUUCAGUUCAACUUUCUUUGGAACAGUGUUAUUCAGUCAGGACGAGCGGCUGAGUUGUCAGAUGCUUUAGCAUCUGGAGGCAUCAAACUGUUCCGCCCCAUGGCUUUGCUAUCUCGUCUGGAGAAGGAGCUUCUGUAUGGACACGGUCGAAGGCACGCACAGUACAGCAUCGUGCGGGAAGUAAUCGCUCAGGUUUUCGAACUUCGGACAUUCCUAUGCGCCCCAACUCCUGAGAAAACCGAAGAAUCUCAGGAAUUCAAAGCACCCGGACUGUCAUGGUGCUCACAGCUGUGCAAUGGCUUGAGUGAUGUGAUGGCGCUUCAUGAUCUGGGGCUUGCCAAAGACAUUUGGGCAACAUGUCACGAACUUGCCGGCAUGAAUUGCUCCGAUAUUUUUACCCCGGUUCAACGGAGGCAACUCGUUGAUGCUGCUAUUGGAGUCGCAGCACCGAUAAACAUGGACAUAUGUCGGUCUAUCGAGUUUAUCGAGUUUGCUACAGAAAUAAGUGUUGAUCUCACGCCAUCAGCGGAAUUUUUGGCAACAAGAGAAACCCAAACACAACGGACGAAAAUGGCCGUAACAUCAUUUGGCAUCUAG